GGGAUGGGCGCGGGCGCGGCCUGGACAGCGCGGGCGGACACCCAAGAGUUAACGGGCGGGGUGUGACAGGGCGACCGCCCUCAGGAAGUGUUACUCACCGCCGGGAAUGCUGCCUGCCGCCUGGGGGCUGGAUUCUCUUCCUGAGUCCCGGGAGGGGCCGCGCGGGCGCCCGGCAUGGACAGCCCCGAGGAGCCGCCGCGCGCGGGCGCCCCGGGAGCCCCGGCCCCCGCCAGCGUCGCCGCCGACCCCGUGCCCUCCCGCGGGCCCGCCCCGGACCCGCUCUACGACGUGCCCGCGGCGGGGGGCGCGGGGCCGCCCGGGGGGCCGCCGCGGCCGGGCCGCGCCGUGAGCCUCCGGGAGCGCCUCCUGCUCACGCGGCCCGUCUGGCUGCAGCUGGCGGCCAACGCGGCGGCCGCGCUGCACACGCUGCGGACCGAGCCCCCGGGGACCUUCCUGGUGCGGAAAUCCAACACCCGCCAGUGCCAGGUGCUGUGCGUGCGGCUGCCGGAGGCCAGCGGCCCCUCCUUCGUCUCCAGCCACUACCUCCAGGAGGGCCCCCGGGGUGUCUCCUUGGAGGGCUCCGACCUCGCGUUCCCGGACCUGGUUCAGCUCAUCUGCUUCUACUGCCACAGCCGGGACGUCCUCCUGCUCCCUCUGCAGCUGCCCGCGGCCAUCCGCCAGGCAGCCUCCCACAAGGAGCUGGAAGCCAUCUCCCAUCUGGGCAUUGAGUUCUGGAGCUCGGCCCUCAACACCAAGGCCCGGCCCAGCCCCAGCUCGGGCCCGCUGCUGCCGCGGCUGAAACCCCGCCCCCCGCAGGAGCUGGACCAGGGCACCGGGGCUGCCCUGUGCUUCUUCAACCCCCUCUUCCCCGGGGACCUGGGCCCCACCAAGCGGGAGAAAUUCAAGAGGAGCUUCAAGGUGCGCGUGUCCACGGAGACCUCCAGCCCCCUGUCCCCGCCCGCGGUGCCCCCUCCCCCCGUGCCCUCGCCGCCGGGGACGGCCCCCCGCCCGGCGGAAAGGAUGCCCCCUCGCCAGCUGCUGAGGAGGGAGAGCUCGGCGGGCUACCGGGUGCCCACCGGCAGCGGGGCCGGCCCCCAGCCCCCGCCGCUGCCGUCCCUCCAGGAAGUGGACUGCGCCUCCCCCAGCAGCUCGGAGGAGGAGGAGGCGGCGCCGGGGGGCCGGGGCAGCCCCGCCACGUCCCCUGGCCCCGCGCGCCGGCGGCCCCUGCUCAGGUCCAUGAGCGCCGCCUUCUGCUCCCUGCUGGCGCCCGAGCGCCAGGUGAGCCGCGCGGCCAGCGCGCUGAUGCGGGACCGCCACACGGCCGUGGGCCAGCUCGUGCAGGACCUCCUGACGCAGGUGCGCGCCCGCCCCGAGCCCUGCGAGCUGCAGGGGGUGCGGGAGGCGCUGAACCGCGCCCGGGCCAUGCUGAGCGCCGAGCUGGGCCCCGAGAAGCUGCUGCCCCCGGAGAGGCUGGAGCGCGUCCUGGAGAAGACCCUGCACCGCUCCGUGCUCAAGCCCCUCCGGCCCAUCCUGGCCGCCCGCCUGCGGCGCCGGCUUUCUGCCGACGGUUCCCUGGGCCGCCUGGUUGAAGGCCUCCGCCUGGCUCGGACCCAGGGCCCGGCCGCCUUCGGGUCCCACCUGAGCCUGCCCUCCCCGGUGGAGGUGGAGCAGGUGCGCCAGAAGCUCCUGCAGCUGCUCGGUGCCUACUCGCCCGGCGCCCAGAUCAAGUGGUUCCUGCAGGCCUGCAAGCUGCUCUACUCGGCCCUGAGGACCCAGGCGGGCGAGGGCGCGGGCGCCGACGAGUUCCUGCCGCUGCUGAGCCUGGUGCUGGCGCAGUGCGACCUGCCCGAGCUGCUGCUGGAGGCGCAGUACAUGGCCGAGCUGCUGGAACCCGCGCUGCUCACGGGCGAGGGCGGCUACUACCUGACCAGCCUGUCGGCCAGCCUGGCCCUGCUGAGCGGCCUGGACCCCGCGCUCCGCCAGCCCCUGAGCCCCUCGCAGGAGCUGCAGCGCGCGCUCCACCUCUGGGAACAGCGCCGCCUACCGGCCGCCCACAGCUGCCAGCACCUCCUCCGAGUUGCCUACCAGGACCCGGGCAGCGGCUGUACCUCCAAGACCCUGGCCGUGGCCCCCGGCUCUUCCGUUGCUGCCCUGACCCAGCUCUGCGCCACUAAGUUCCGGAUCACCCAGCCGGACGCUUUCGGCCUCUUUCUGUACAAGGAGCAGGGCUACCACCGCCUGGCCCCGGGCACCCCGGCCCACACGCUGCCAACCACCGGCUAUCUCGUCUACCGCCGAGCAGAGCGCCUCGAUGCCCCACAGGCCAGGGCCGCGGCAGAGGGGGGCUGUGGGGAGCCCCCGAGGGGGCGUAAGGAGGAGGAGGAAGAAGGGGAUCCGGGCGAGAUGGUCCCAGAGAUCCAAGCCAGCCCUGCGGUCAGCAAUGAACAGACUGAAGACAGGGGUGGGGGAGGCGAGGGCCAGAGCUGGGGUGUGGCUGCCCCGCCUGGGGGCGCAGAGGUAGAGGGGAGCCCUGGAGAGUAG